GAUGGGCCGUUGACAAGAGGAGAGCUGUGUUUAACGAGCAUAGUAGCGUCACUAGAUUACAGUUGAGUUUCCAUCCAGGUACGGAUUGUCGUUUUGUUGUGUUGAGUCCAGAGUGUGGCUGAAAAUGAUCCUGACCGUGAAACCGCUCCAAGGCAAAGAAUGCAGCGUGCAGGUGACUGAAGAUGAGAAGGUCUCCACAGUUAAAGAACUUGUGUCUGAACGUCUCAACAUACCAGCAAACCAGCAGCGGCUGCUCUACAAAGGGAAAGCACUUGCAGAUGAACACAGACUGAGUGAUUACUCCAUUGGACCAGAGGCUAAAUUGAAUCUAGUGAUCCGCCCAGUGGGAGAGAGGACUGCAGCUUCAGGGAUGGCUUCCAGCAGCAGCAGCAGCAACAUACAUGGAGGAGUGUGGCAGACUGUGUCCGUGAUACUUGCAAGAAACUUCAGUCCAGCAGAUGCAGCAAAAGUCCAUGAACAGCUUAUUAAGGACUAUGAGCGCUCACUUCGACAACUUAGUCUGGAUGACAUCGAGCGCUUGGCGGGAAGACUCCUCCACCCAGACGGCGAGGGAAUGGACACCUCGUACAUGGACUAAGAACGCCGAGUUGGAAGUUGCUUUUUGUGAUUGUGUUUCCAGAGGCGCUCUGUGCCCUAGAUGCAUAAAGUGUUUAGAGUGUGUGAGGUAUGGAAAAAAAUAUGUGUUUUCUUGCACAGAGCCCCUGGUGUGUGCCUAAUCAGUGGCCAUGUGAACACAGAUAACAACGACUGUCUCCGCAACAGGGCUUUCUUAUCCACGACCAAAGGAGCGGGAUAAGACCAAAGGGCUUGGAUAAGAAAAAAGUUGCCGCGUUGGAUUAGUCCUCGUCAUCGAUGUUGCAGUCGUGACACAAGGCCUGAUCACAUAAUGUUUGUACACAAAGGAAUCUAUUCACGCUGUUUGUUUCACAUGAUCCCUGGCUGCUUCAACUCCCAGGGGACACUCAUUUCUACUGGAGGCUAUUUAUAAGUAAUGUCUGUCUUGGAUGAUGAUUGCUGGGUGUCUUCUGUUACUCAUUUAUGCGAACUGCAAAGGUUAUAACAUGUUUUAUCCCAUAAGUAACUGAUGGGUCAUUGUAUGAUUUGUAAAUAUGUUUAUAUAUAUAUAUACACAUACAUUAAAACUGAAAAAAGACA